GGCGGGACCUGUCAGAAAACAGGUGGGAAAUAUAGCGCUGCGGGGAAGGGAACACACCGCGGAGGAGGACACAAACAGGGAAUGAGAGCCGUUAUAGAUUUGUAGACUGACCCUCGGUCAUCAGGAUUUAUAUCAGCGGAUAAAUGAAGGUGCUCAUGCAUGUUGCUGCUAGGUGGGACUAGAGGAGCAUGGAACCUGAUGUCGUCCGCUUGUACUCCUCCACCCCUCCUCCACUGGACGAGGGUGGAGAGGAGGAAGACGAGGACGAGUUUGGUGAAUUUGGAGGUUACUGCGGUGGAGGGUCCUCCAGCUUCAGCUUAUCUGAGUUUGACACGCCCAAUACAUUCAGCCAGUCAUAUGCAGCAGAGACCUCACCACCUGACAUGUACAUCACAUCUGUUCAAAGCGCCUCUUCGUCAGGGAAAAACGCAACAAUUACAGAGACAGAGAAGCUCACAGAGAAUCCCCAGGUAAGCUUAGCAGUGACCGGUGUUGGCAUAGGUGACUGUGAAAAUGGAGAUCCAGAGGCAUCCGGAAUUAUCAUCAAUGGUGUUCCACCCUCUGAGCUCCAGGACUCCAAUACAGUUCAACACAGUUUAGCCAGCAGUUCUGUUGUACUUGCAAUCCAGGACUUUAAGGACAUCACCAUGGACCAGCACAGAGAUAGACUGGGCACAGCUGGAGGAGGUUACUCCCAUAGUAGUGGACACAGUAAGCGUAACAGAGGUACAGAGCAGGAGGCCCCAACAGUAACAAGCUUUAACAGCACAGAGACUGGCCUAGAGUUUUCCAUUAGUCCUAAUCCACUUUCGGCUGAUAACAUCUCCCAGGGAGAGGUUUCCGAGACUGGAAGGACUGUGGCAGAUGAGGUGCAAAGUGAAUCCCAGGACUUCUGUACCAAUAAGGGCGGUAAGGAUCAAAGUAUUAGUGAAAGUAAGGAAAUGCAGGGAAAUGAAGUGUUGUCUGGUCUUCAAGGACCUUCGGAUGAAGAAACCUUUGUGUCCUUUAGUGACCCACCCCCUCAGGGUGGGUCUGAAGAUUUUGGGAAUUGCACUGAAUCCUCGGUGGGGCUUGCAGCAAAGGUUGAUGAGGUGUCUAAUACGCAGCUGAGCAAGGACUUUGUGGACCAUAACGACACUACAAGAGAUCCUGCAGGACAGUUGCAGGUAGUGGUACCUAGCACGGAGCUAGGAGGAGAUUUUAACGUCAAUGGGACUACAGUAGACCUCACAAUGGAGUUAGUGCAUAAAGCAGAGAUAGAUAAGGUUUUAAGGAAGGGUAAAGGCAAUUCAGGGGUUCCCAGGAUUGAGAUGGACGAGGACUUUGGGGAUUUCAGGGAUGCCGUUCAGGGCUUUGCAGACUUCAGCAGGACGGAUUCAGCAGGAUUCGCUGACUUUGUCACUGCGCUGUCAGGCUGCUCUACCACUGAUGACUUUGGGGAUGCAGAUAGCCUGAAGGACUUGAAGGAGGAAGAGGAGCUGCCUGAGGAACAACAUGAAGAUGAUCUUAACACUGCAGGAACGUGGUGUUCAGAGCUCCCUCCCAGUGAUAGCUUUGCGGAUUUUAGUUCAGCUCCGCUUGGAGAUUUGACAGAGGAUGUGGGUGACAACUGGGUUGCGUUUGGGUUGUGGGGGGAGUGCGAGGGCCAACAGAAGUCUUGGGCAGCAUUUGAAGAGGGGCAGCAAAGUAACACUGCCACAGCGCCCCCUUGUGACAGCUUCAAGAGUGACCAUGUGUUGGGUGGGUUGAGCUGCAAACUGCAGCAUCUCUUUCAGAGCACUUUUCCUUCAGAGGUCACACCUGAGGUCACACAAGUUGAGACCCUGCAGGCCCUCCUGGAGCUUCAGGAACACAAAGAGAACAGCUGCAACCCUGUUCAGGGGGAGGCUGCAGCCUUGUGGCACCACCUGCUGGACACCCACAACGCCCACGGCCUUAAGGUCCAGUGGGUUGGCUCACGAAGCAACAGAAUUCUCCUGGACUGCCUGGGAAUCCGCAAUAUUUUGUUUGCGGGUCAGAAGAAGCGACCACUGAUCGUGCCUAUGUUUGCUGCAGGCCUGGGAAUGCUUGAACCUACCAAAGAUCCUGUAAAACCUUCUCCAGCCUCUCCUGCACCUCUAACACCAUCCUCGCCAGGCCAGGGCAGGUCCACUCUAUGCACACAGGUGGCAUCCUCUUUGAGCAGCAGUGAGGACGCAGCAGGGGGCGUAGUCUCCCAGCUCAACCUUGACUUCUUUGGGCUGGUGGAGGACAGUAGCUCGGAUAGUGAUACUGAUACACCAAUACCAGGAGUAGAUCCGGAGUUGUACGAACUGACCACUGCUAAGCUGGAGUGCAAUAACACGAGCAGCAACGUAGCCGAUGCCUUCAACAGACUGAUGGAGACUGUAGAGAAAACAAGCACUGUGGCCAGAAAGCCUGAGAGAGAUGGAGCGAUUAGUAAAGAGGCUGCUCGGGUCAUCUCUGUCCUCCCUGACCUGUCUUUCAUGCGGGCCAGAGUUCUGAUGUUCCCUUCCACUCUGACCCCAGCUGCCAAUCAGCUUUGACCUCUAGCUACCACAAUACAACGUUUUCAAACGCUGCCUUAAUGAUUCAGUCACUUUUGACCUUUGCUGCUCUCUGAACCUGUACGGCAGGUUGACUUUUGUCCAGCACAAGAGACCAAAGAAUUGCUUCCUUGUCUGAGACAAGUCCAUCUUCAAGGGCUUUUAAUCUUUAGUAUUGUUUGCUAAACGAGUUCUGGUUGUACGUCGUCAGACUCGCCGCUUGAUACAAGCUUUUAUUCUUUAUUACAUGACAUGAAGAAAUGGGAGCUGCACAUUUCACUACUUGAAAUAUUAUUACUUUAUUAAUUAAUAUAGAAUUUUUGUGCUGUGUUUUUUGGGGUUUGCCUUAUAGUACAAACAUUCUGAGCACUCCUUUUGUUUCAAACACGGUUGAGCUACAGAAUGUCUGGAAGAUUUCAUUUUUCCCUACUCUCUUAAUAAAAGAUGGUUCUUCCAGGGUUCUUUAGUAAAAAAAAAGUUCUAUUUACAACCAUGAACACCCAGAGAACCGUUUGCAUGACUAAAUGGUCCUUUCAUGAUUAAUGCGUCCUGGAGAACACAGGGGUUCUAGUUAGCACCCAAAAGAGUUCUUCCAUUGUUGCGAUGUCAAGCUGGUAACAACAGAAGAACCCUUUUGGGUGCUAUAGAAGAACACUUAAAAAAAUUCUAUAUUAAACUGUCUACAGUACACUAAUGCACAUAUUCCAUCAGUCUGAAGAACCCUUUCCCUAUGCAACACUUAAUCAUGCAAAGGGUUCUUUGAGUGUGUAUGUUUCUAUAUAGAACCAUUUUUCUUACUAAAGAACCUUUUAAAGCGCCAUCUUUUCUUAUGAGCAUACAUCAAGUUCUCAACCUGUCCUUCAGCCUAAACAUGCUUUUCGGGUUCUUCUAUUGUUACAAGCUUGACAUCUCAACAAAUAGAAGAGCCUUUUUGGGUGCUAUAUGGAACCUAUUUCAAAAAGGUUCUAUAUAGAACCAUCUACAGUACAUCCUGAAGAACCCAUUCAUGAUGCAAACAAACUUUAGAUCAUGCAAGGGGUUCUUUGGCUGUUCGUGGUUCUUUAUAGAACCUUUUUCUUUACUAAAGAACCCUUGAAGAACCGUCUUUUUAAGAGCGUAGAACAAGUUUUUCAACAUGUGAAUAUUUCAUUUCUUUUUAACGCCUGUGUUUGCUUUUGUUUAAUCACCCAUGGACAUUUUUUUUUCUGGAAUGAACUAAACGUGUUUAUAUUUAUCCCUCGUUAAGGGCCUUUUUGUUGUGUUUGUUUACUUUGCUUUCAUGUUUUGUUUGUAUUUAUUGUUGAACAUUUAAAGGGGAAUUCCACAGAUUUUUUUAAUUUUCCACAUAAUUCCGUGGUUGGGAUGUUAACGAAUUCAUCCAGAGUCAUUCAUAGUGAUUUGACGUGCUUCAUUGUGGAGAAAGCUCUCCGAUUUCUUUAUAGUGGUGGUGAUAGGAACCAGGGGUCACCAUGACUAUAACCCACUUUAUUUAUCAUCCAAAAUGACAGGUAACCCUCCACGUGAGGGAGCUUUUAGAGGUGGACGUCUGGUUCCUGUCACCACCUCUGUGAACAAUUCUGGCUUUCUCUAGAGCGGAGCAUUUCACACCAAACCACUCUUUAUAUCUUAACCAUUUAAUUAUGCAGAAAUGUUUAAAGAGCAGUUAAAUUCCUCUUUAAAAGGGACAUUUUGCACAUGUAAACAUGACGAAUGAUUGGUUGAAGAAUGUUGGAGCUUCAGAGAACAUCUCUCUGGGUUCCUUUUCAUUUAGUGCAGCAUGUAAAAUGAGAAACAUUCACUAUACAUUUUGCUCUUUUCUGAAGAUGUUGGUAUAUUUAUUGUUUGUUUUAUGAAAAAUAGAUUUGUGGUGACGUGUAUUUCACCACUCCAUCA